AUGGACAAGGACGUCUUGUCGAGCCGGGCCGCCUCCAUCACCGCCUCGCAGAUCCAGCAGGCCGCCAGCGGCAACACCCCUGCCGCACAGGCCACCGGCGUGGGCAAGCUGGCCACCGGGGCCACCAGCCUGAGCACCACCGGCCUCGCCACGUCUCGGGACGUCCAGAACCAGGCCAUCCUCACCCGCACCCAGUCCGGCAUCAACUCCGCCGCAGGCGGCCAGCAGACCGCCAUCAGCCCCACCGCCGCGGCCGCCGCCAUCAGGGGAGUGCAGCAGGUGGCCAUCGGCUCAAGCGACAGGGACCAGCGCGGCCAGCUCAGCGGCCUCAACACCCGCGCGGCCAUCCAGCAGGGCAACGCCCAGCAGGGCGUGGCCGCGGGCGCGACGGGCGCCUCGCUCAUCAGCGGCACCGGCGGCCUCAACCCCGCGGCGCUGACCGUGCCCAGGAACGCGCCGAUCACGGCCGCCGGCAAGGCCGCCGCCCCCAGCCCCAAGGCCUCCCCCAAGGUGGCCGCCGCCGCCAAGUCCCCCGCGCCGAAGACCGCCCCCGUCGCCGUUAAGGCCCAGCUGCCCCCGCAGGGCGCGGUGCUGCCCGCGGGCGUCGCGGCCCCCAAGACGGCCGCGGCCGGCGGGCGCCGCCUCCACAUGUAA